AUGGACUCCCCCAUCGUGGCCCAGCUCUUCCGGCAGCUGUUUUGCAAUCGUCCCGCAGGAUGCCAAGCGCGGGUGCAUCAAUUGCGCCGUGGAUUGCCUGCGGCCACCACAAGCAGCUACCGGCACCAGCACCACCAGCAGACGAGUUCGUACGCUACGCGAGCCUCCCGAGACCGUGGCAUGAAGUCAAAUGAAAGUCGAUGGCAGCAGAGAACGAACCUCCUACCCGAAGACAGACGGGAGGAGUUCGCGCAGUACCCGUAUAUUUCCAUGUCGGAGCUGAAGAGGCGCAAGGAGCGGCCUAGAAAAGUCAAGAUGCUCCUCCGUGACUUUAUCGACGGUAAGCACGCGUUGUAUUUUCCCGCCGCAAACUUUACGUAUUCGUACGUUGCUAACAAUUAUGAAUUAGACAGCUUAUACAACCCUUCCUAUGGGUACUUUUCCAAGCAAGCCGUCAUCUUCUCCCCGGGUGAACCUUUCGACUUCACCACUCUCCGCGACGACCUUGCCUUCCAGUCCGAGCUCGGCCGCCGCUACACCUCCUUUGAAGACCACCUCGACGACGUCGAAGGCGAGAACCCAACCCGCCAGCUGUGGCACACGCCCACGGAGCUCUUCCGUCCAUACUACGGCGAGGCCAUCGCCCGCUACCUCGUCACCAACUACCGCCUAACCACCUACCCCUACGACGACCUGCUCAUCUACGAAAUGGGCGCCGGCAGAGGCACCCUCAUGCUCAACAUACUCGACUACAUCCGCGAAGUAGACCCCCAAGUGUACGCCCGCACGCGGUACAACAUCAUUGAGAUCUCCACCAACCUCGCCUCCCUCCAGAACAAGCACCUCCUGUCGACGGCCGAGUCGCGCGGCCACACGGACAAGGUGGACAUUGUCAACCGCUCCAUCUUCGGAUGGGACCAGUACGUCCCCUCGCCGUGCUUCUUCCUCGCCAUGGAGGUCUUUGACAACUUCUCCCACGACUGCAUCCGGUACGACGUCGCCACGGAGGAGCCGCUCCAGGGACACGUGCUCAUCGACGGCGACGGCGACUUCUACGAGUUCUACGUCCACGACCUGGACCCCGUGGCCGCGCGCUUCUUCCGCGUACGCCACGCCGCUACGGGGGGCAGCUAUCCGCGUCCGUACCCCACGAACCCUGCGCUCAAGUGGCUGUCCACCAGGAUGCCCUUUGCCGCCAACCUCUCCGAGGCCGAGUACAUUCCCACCCGCCUGAUGCAGUUCUUCGACGUGCUGGAAAAGUACUUUCCGGCCCACAAGCUGCUCACCUCAGACUUUGACUGGCUUCCGCAGGCCGUCAAGGGGCUGAACGCUCCCGUUGUGCAGACGAGGUAUCAUCGGAGAAUGGUGCCCGUCACAACGCCGCUGGUCCACCAAGGCUACUUUGACAUCUUGUUCCCAACAGACUUUCGCGUCACAGAGGCCAUGUACCGCGCCAUCACGGGCAAGCUCACGCGCGUCAUGACCCACGGCGACUUCAUGCGGCGCUGGGCGUACGUGGAGGACACGGAGACGAGGAGCGGCGAGAAUCCCCUGUUGACGUACUACAAGAAUGCUAGUGUUCUAGUCACCGUCUAG